AUGGCUCCCAAGAAUCGCAUCAUCAUCGACACUGAUCCUGGCGUGGAUGAUGUUCUCGCCAUGUUACUGGCAUUUGCGGCCAAGGCAGAGGAUUUGGAAGUCCUGCUUGUCUCGCUGACAUUCGGUAACGUCGACGUACGAAACUGUCUACGGAACGUCGUAGCCAUCUUCCACAUCCUAGAGAAGGAGCUCAAAUGGCGUGAGAAAAACGGCAACCCGGUUGGGUUCGAAGGAAUCACCAAGUUCAAACCCAUCGUCGCAAUUGGGGCAGAGGAGCCGCUGCAGGAUAGGAUCGAAAGUGCCGAUUACUUCCAUGGUGUCGACGGGUUGGCAGGCACGCACACAACUCACCCUCAUUUCUCGCCCGAGGAGAGCUGGAAGAGAUUGUUCGAGGAACCUCCUCCAGACUCGUUCCUCACUGAGACCGCGAAGGAAGAAGUAGACCUGGAGGAGCCGGCCAAAACUUUCAUCCCCUCAUUGAUCCCGGCUCACAAGGAAAUCCUUCGUCUACUGAGGGAGAAUGAGCCAGACACCAUCACUCUGAUUUCGAUCGGGCCCCUAACGAACUUUGCUCUCGCAGCGACCGAAGACCCCGAGACCUUUCUUCGGUGUAAGGAGGUGGUUACGAUGGGCGGCACGGUUGAUGGAAUUGGCAAUGUGACGCCCGUGGCCGAGUUCAACGUCUACGCCGACCCGUACGCCGCAGCCACGGUGUAUGCAUUAACAUCGCCCAUCCCAUCCUCGACGAUGCCCGUGCCGACUGAGGGCGAGCGGUCUUUCCACCUGCCACCCUACCCGCCCCGGUUGUCCAAACAGCUCAAACUCACCCUCAUGUCGCUCGACAUCACCGAAUUCCACAUACUCAGCCGCGGUGCGUUCAGUGCAUACGCCUCCGAGCUAGCCAAACAAGGAAGUCCGUUGGCUCAGUGGGCGACGGCGUUCAUGGACCCCAUGUUCGACAAGAUGGAACGUCUGCACAUUGGCCACGAAGGCGAAGGCGCCGCACUAGCGCUUCACGACCCUCUCUGUGUGUGGUACGUCCUGACGCGCGAUGAUCAGCGAUGGAAACCCAGUGCUCGCAGUCCCGAAGACAUUAGAGUCGAGACUGCCGGCCAGUGGACGAGAGGCAUGACUGUGGGCGACAAGCGACCGCGGAAACGGAGGAACAGUGACGGCGAGGUUCCUCAUGACAGGGGCAACUGGCUGGGCAACAGGUCGGGCAAUAGGAUCUACAGAAUGUUGGAGAGUCCAGGGCGAGACGCGGCUGCACCGUACUUGCUGGAUGCGAUUUUCAGGAAUGAUUGA